AUGGACAAGGGAAGUGUUGAAAGGGAAUACAAGAUGUCACCAAAAGCCAUGUUGACGAUCAAAAGAUUCGAGCUUGUUCGUAGCCGUUUAUUCUUGAGUAUCGCCACACAGAUUAUGAUAUUCCCACAAGCCGUGAGGACGACAAGCAACCCAAGACAGAUGAAGCCAAAAAGUUUGGUUCCCUGUAAACCUGUUUCCAUGUCUGAAGUUGUGUUAAUAUGUGGAGUUGUCAUCACGAAUUUAAUUAAUACACCUUGA